AUGGGUGUCUUCACUCGUACAGAUGAGUACACUUCCCCAAUCCCUCCGGACAGGUUAUUCAAGGCCUUGGUUCUUGAUGCUCACAUCCUGAUCCCAGAGCUCAUGCCAGAGGCUGUUAAGAGCAUUGACAACCUCAAAGGUGACGGAAGGGCAGGAAGUAUUAAGAAGAUCAACUUCGCUAAAGGUAGCCAGCUCAAAUCUGUGAUAAACCGGGUUGACGACGUCGACGAAGAGAACUUUGUAUAUGCUUACACUUUGGUUGAAGGAGAACCAUUAGUAGCGGAGAAACUUGAAUACAUCACUUAUAAGGCUAAGUUUGAAGCUGCACCAGAUGGGGGUAGUAAGAACCGGUUGGUAAGCAAUUACUACACCAAGGGUGGCGUUGUGCUGAAAGAGGAAGAAAUAAAAGCUGGCAGGGAAAGGGCCUUGGGGAUGUACAGAGUUGUGGAAGCCUAUCUCCUCCAAAAUCCUGAUGCCUAUGCUUAA